GACAUCACACGAAAAGGAGCCGUUCGGCUGCAGCUGCGAAUCUGCAGUGCCCCUUGUCUUUUACAUGGCGCCCAGCGGUCUCCACAACCGCUGGCCUUCCUCUUUUCGAGCUUUCGAUAGCUAUUCAUCAGUCGCAAAAAAGAGGCAUGUGAGCCGGGAGCUGACAGCUGUGAAAAGCAGGCAGAACAGGCAGACUCUUUCAAGGGCAUGAAGACAGGAAGGCAGAAGGAUGGAAAGUGGGGGCAACAUAGGGGAAUUGGAUGGACAUGUUUUGUGUCAUUUUGCUGGCAUCUCUUGUCUUCAGUCUAUGUAUUUAUGUUUUUUAUAUAUAUAUAUAUUUAUACACGGAAUUUGCUGAGUGAGCAGCCGACGUCUCAUGACUCAUGACUCAAGAACAAGCUCAUGACGUCUUAUGAGGUCUCAUGAUACGAGAAUGACCGGCCAGGAUGGGGCCGUUUGUUCUCGCCACGGCCAGGCCGACGCAGACUUUUAUUGCCUGGAGUAUGUUCAUGUUAAAACCUAUAGUACUGUGCUGCAGACGACUUGGAUGCCCUCCCAAUUGGUCCCCCCACACUGGAAGGGAUUCCAGGCAGCCACGGUUUCCAGAGCAAGAAGCUGUUCCACUUCGAUUUCUUGGAGGGAGGGAUUGCUUCUUUGCUUCUGCCUCAUGACGGGCAAAGCUACCUGCACUGGGUGGAUCGGUCAUCAGCUUCUGCGUGGAAGCAAACAAUCGGAAUCUUGAUCCGUGGCGACUUAGAAGUAGCCUAUGGGUAGCCUAUGGUAGCUCUUCAACAAUGGUCAAUUGGGCUCUGUAAGUCCCAUCCGUGACCUGAUUGGAUCGGUCACGACCUGGCGGUCGGGUUCCUCGAAGCCCUUCGUGAAUCGAUCAGUCAGUCUUCCGGUUUUCGAUGAUUCGGUUGGUGCCCGCUCCUUCCCCAAGAGAACUCCGCGCCAAGAGGGUAGACGUACCGCAGCCGGGAGCUUGUACAGUGCGAAGGCUCUGCCCGGCAGGGCAGACGGGUGUGGGAUGGAAAGGAUGAGAGGGCAGACUUUCCUGUUCGGUUCAUCUUUCAAAAAGUACAGGGGGUCCAACUGGUGGGCUUGUGGGCAGUUGUCAUUUGACCGUUGAAGUGUGAGUGAGUGCGGAUGUUACAAUGGUUGGCUUCUCCGUUUUAUUCCAACUUCCAGAGGUCCAAACUGUCAGACAUGUCCCAGAUAUCCAACCACCAUUCAAUCGAUGUUAAUAGCUUCGUAGCCUUUACAAAACAACCAUCGGACCAUCGUCUUAUGUCAGGAUGUUGUAGCUACAUCAUGCUACAUCUAUUUUGUUCUUGAAUCUUGGAAGGCUAGGGCAUUGCUUGUUUGAUCUUUCUUGUGUACCCCAUCAAGCUGCCAUGAGCAAUGUCAAUUCUUCUUAACAUAAUGACAGACGGUCAACCAAACACCGGUGGUGGCGAUAGAGCGGUCAUCAAGCUCAAAGGUAGACUCGACUAUAUCAGUUAGUUGUUAUGUUUCAUGGAGCCAGCAAUGGCACAGCAUCUUUAAAAAGUGUUUAAAUCUGGCUGGGGUGAGAAUCAAUCUUUAUACAAUCAUUAUUAGGGUUCACCAUCCGUUGGUUUUUCAUGCUUUUUUCACCUGACAUAUUGUCUCCCACACCAUGCCUGGGAAGCCUUCUGGUCCCCGUUCCAGGCUGCACCAAGGAUCGACCGGAUGAGCGUUCCAAGCCUCCAACAGAGCGUUCCAUUUGACAAGCGCUUCGCCGAAGCGAACAAGAUCCUGAACAAAUAUCCUGAUCGUAUCCCAGUGAUUUGCGAGCGGGCAGCCAACUCGACCCUGCCAGAGAUCGAGCGAAAGAAGUUCUUGGUGCCUUCGACCAUGCAGUGCUACGAGUUCAAGUACAUUAUCUUGAACAACAUCCAGCAUGCUCAGGAAGGCAACCACGCCUCCGAUCAGGUGAUCUACCUCUUGGCCAACAACAAGGCCACCAAGACGGGCGCGCCGAUGUCAGAACUUUACGAAGCCUACAAAGCCGAAGAUGGCUUCUUGUACAUGACCUACACCGCCGAGAACACGUUGGGCCAAGCCUGACGCUUCGCCAGCCAGCUCCGCCAGCUGCUGCCUGACGCUUCCAGUUCCCGGUCGAGGGAGAAAAUCCAGUUAUAUACACAUCAUCGUGCAUCCACUGCUCAUUCAGGGGCUCCAUGUUAAAAAUACG